AUGGCCAGUGCAACAGAUGCUUCUGCAGUUGCUGAGGACCUGCAGGCAUUGGAGGUAGCUCCGCGGAUCAUUCCCGCAAGGGUGCUUGACGGAGACUGGCUUAGCCAUGAGCUACCCAAGUUGCACAAGGACUUUUACUUGAACCACCCUGAUCAGGCGCUCCGCUGUGAGCAAUUUUGCUGGGGAAACCUCGAAGAAGCACACCCUGUCCUUGGACGCCGAACUCAGGAGGACGUGGAGGAGUAUCGGAAGUCCAGGGGUAUUGUCGUUACAAGUGUCAGAGGGAGACCAGCUCCAAAGCCAUUUCAAACAUUUCAAGAAACAAGUUUCCCAUCGUUUGUUGAAGAGCUGGCAAUGGAGUUGUUUUCAAGUGAGGCUCUGCAGGCUCUGCCAUUUUCUGUGCAAGCACAAGCAUGGCCUUGCGCACUGGCAGGGGCGGAUGUGAUUGCAGUGGCACCGACUGGAUCUGGAAAGACGUUGGCCUUCUUACUGCCUGCAUUAGUGCACAUCAUGGCUCAGCCUGUGCUGACAAAAGGCGAAGGACCAAUUGCUCUUUUUCUUGAGCCGACUCGAGAGCUUGCAGUUCAGACGCAUGGCGUAGCGCAGCAGUUCUGCAGCCGAACGAAGGGAGAGGACUUGUUGCGUGCGGGUGUGAUCUUUGGCGGACAAGCUGCAGAGCUUCAGACUCCACUGGAGGGUGCCCCCGAUUUUGGGAGGUGGCCGGAGAUUUUAGUGGCAACUCCCGGAAGGCUCUGGGAGCUCAUGACCAGGAGAUGCUGGAUCAGCGCCAAGCGUCUGAGCUACGUGGUUUUGGAUGAAGCAGACCACAUGCUUGCAGCAGGAACUUGGCUGAUGCAGAUACGGGAACUGCUGCGGUUGCUCCGCAAGGACCGGCAGCUUCUUCUCUUCUCCGCAACUCUGCCGCUCGAAGCCGAAAAGGCAGCCUUGGACAUUUGUGGCGAGGAGCUGUUUAAAAUUCAGGUGAACCCGAAAGUGCCCAGCAUCUCUCAGGACGUGAAGUUGUUUCCUGGUGCUUUUGAUGGUGGCUUUGACGCGAAGAUGGCGGAGCUGCUAAGGUGGAUUGCGGAGGAUUUUCAAGAAGAGGAGUCCUUGCUGAUACUCUGUCAUAGGACACAACUUGGACAUGUAGCCUUUGAUUCGAAACUCCGAGAUGCCAUCGCACGUGUGACUAGCAGUGGAGUUCACCCGAUUGCGGUCCUUGAUCAUCAUGCUCAUGAAGCACAGCAUGCACAGCAUGCACAGCAUGCACAGCAUGCACAGCAUGCACAGCAGUCUUCCUACAAGGACUUUGUCCGCAGAAAUACAAGGGCGCUGAUUUCCACUUUUUCCCUGGCCGGAAGAGGCUUGGACUUCCAGGACACUAGCUCAUGCUCACAAUUGUCGCUGGCUGUGGUGCUCUUCGACUUUCCGCAAAGUAUGGGAGAGUAUGCAAACUGCAUUGGCCGCACAUGUCGUCCUGGUCAGAAGAAUGGAAGGGUGUUGGCAUUUCUGCCAGAGGGCCGCUUUUGGAUCGCUGGGGAGCUAAUUCGACUCCUCGAGCAUUGUGGGCAGAAGGUUCCUCAGGCUUUGCAAGACUUGUACAGCCAGGAUACAGAGUUCAUGACGGACGUGAAGGCAGUCAUGCAGCAAGUGCUUGCUGGACACGUCAGCCCAGAGACCCUUGGUCAGGGAACAUACGACACAACUUCGCAGGUGUGGACGUUGCCCGCAAGCAUCCCAUCUUAUAGACGAAAGCUCAUACACACUCUGGCAGAUGAGCUCAGUUUGCCUCACGUCUCAUGUGGUGCUGGCCAGGAUCGUAAACUUUUCAUUGCCAAGGAUCGACGGGCCUUGCCAGACAAGUAUUUUGUUGAGGGUGAGCCAGUCAUUGUGAUGGGGCAGCAUGGGCAGAAGGACCCUGGGAUGGUGAAGGAUGCGCGAGUAAGGUGUCGCAACAUCACGGUCUGUUUCGAUGAUACGAGCAGAUUUGGUGAGUACCCGGUUGACGUUCCUAUAAAUUUGGUCUGGCCGAAGGGCGAGGAGCCGCAUGGGCGAAGCAGGAUCGACAAGUAUGGAUACGGUCGGAGGACCUAUGGAGGCUAUCAGCACCAUCAUCGUUGA